CGUUGUAAAUUGUUUCGAAAAUGACCAUCUUUAUUUCGGCAUAACAUUAAAUGCUGUAAAAGCAUAUUUGUAAGGUUUUACUCGGUAAAGAAAUUACUCACAGGCUGAUAAUUCAAUAACACACGCACACACGUAAGUGCCAACGCGCGGGAACAAGAGAGGACGCUCGUGUCCGCGCAUGAGCGGCAGCGCGCAUCAUCUCCUUUCUGUGAGCGGGCGCGAGCGUCGGGAUCCAAGGACAGACCAUGAGCAUCAGGUCAUCCGAAAGUCCACCGACCAAUAUGGCGUAAAAAACGACAUACAAACGAGACGUGGGUGGGGAAAAAAAACAAACGACCGGACAACGAACUUUGUCGAAUGGGCCGAGGCUGCGAGGACACAGUGAAUCAACAGGACAAGAGCGGCUCCACGGACACUCACGCCGUGACUGACAAGUACGUGUGAUUUCCCCCGGUGAACCACCACCGUGGGCUAUCAACGUUAAAAAAAAAACAAAACAAAAAAACCGGAAAGCAGAGCUUAGGACCAACGUCGCAGACUGACGGGAGCAACAUCGGCAUAUCGCCGUGAUUGAAAUCAAUCAACAGGAGAGUGAAAACCCUUGCUGCUGUGACGGAAUCCGCAGUUGUGGGCUUUUCGUGUCAACACCAGCGCCGGAAUAAAGAUAAACAACAACACUUGGAAUCAUGGAGCUGCGUAGCAUGCUGCUGCUCACUGUACUACAGUGCUGCUCGGUGGCUCGCGGCGGGUGGGGGGCCCCGGCGGGGGGAAACGGCGCCGUCCUGAGUCAAAAACGUUACGAGCAGGUGUUCAAGGAAGCGGUGAGCCAGGCCAACGCUCUGUACGGGAAGGACAAGUUCAAGAUGAACGCCAUCUCUGUUACACACAAGCCCAACGCCAUCCAAAUGGCCCUGUCUGUGUGCGAGGACCUCAUUUCCAACCAGGUGUACGCCAUCCUGGUGAGUCACCCGCCUCAGUCCAAUGAUCACCUGACUCCGACGCCCGUUUCCUACACCGCCGGGUUCUACAGGAUUCCCGUGGUCGGCCUGACGACAAGAAUGUCGAUUUAUUCUGACAAGAGCAUCCACCUGUCAUUCCUGAGGACCGUUCCUCCGUACUCCCACCAGGCCAACGUCUGGUUCGACCUGAUGAGGGAGUUCAGGUGGAACCACAUCAUCCUGAUCGUGAGCGACGAUCACGAGGGCCGCGCCGCUCAAAAGAGACUGGAGACGCUGUUGGAAGAGAAAGAGACCAAGACUAAAAUCAGGAACUAUGAAAGCAUCGACCCACAGAACUUUGACUUCAGGAGAACACCUAAGGCAGAAAAGGUGCUGAUGUUCAACCAGGACACCAACCUGACGGCGCUGCUACUCGAGGCCAAGGACCUGGAGGCUCGAGUCAUCAUCCUCUCUGCCAGUGAGGAUGAAGCCGCGGCCAUGUACAAAGCGGCCCGUCAGCUCAACAUGACCGGCUCCGGUUAUGUGUGGCUGGUCGGAGAAAGAGAGAUGAAUGGAAAAGCUCUGAGUGAAGCUCCAGAUGGACUGCUGGGCCUCCAGCUAAUCAACGGUAAGAAUGAGUCGGCUCACAUCGCUGACGCUGUGGCCGUCGUCGCUCAGUCUCUGCAGGAGUUAUUUGAGAAAGAGAACAUCACAGAGCCGCCCAGGGGUUGUGUGGGUAACACCAACAUCUGGAGGACCGGACCGCUCUUUAAACGGGUCCUCAUGUCCUCUAAGUACGCCGACGGUUUGACGGGACGAAUCGAGUUCAACGACGACGGAGACCGGCGUUUCGCCACCUACAGUAUCAUGAACUACCAGCAGAAGUCCGGUCGAGUUCUUCAGGUCGGAGUCUUCAACGGAUCGCAGGUCAUAAUGAACCCUCAGAGGAAGAUCAUCUGGCCUGGAGGAGAGACCGAGAAACCAAUCGGAUACCAGAUGUCGACUAAGCUAAAGAUUGUGACAAUUCAUCAGGAGCCGUUCGUCUACGUGAAGCCAACCAGGAGUGACGGGACAUGUAAAGAAGAGUACAGUGUGAAUGGAGUCUUGAUCAAGAAGGUGAUUUGUACCGGACCCAACGGUACUAUACCAGGUCAGCCCACUGUUCCUCAGUGUUGCUACGGUUUUUGCAUCGACUUGCUCAUCAAGUUGGCGAUGAGCAUGAACUUCACCUACGAGGUCCACCUGGUGGCAGAUGGAAAAUUUGGCACGCAGGAGCGAGUCAACAACAGCAACAAGAAAGAGUGGAACGGGAUGAUGGGGGAGCUGCUGGGAGGUCUCGCCGACAUGAUCGUGGCUCCUCUCACCAUCAACAACGAGCGUGCUCAGUACAUAGAGUUCUCCAAACCCUUCAAAUACCAGGGGCUUACCAUCCUGGUCAAAAAGGAAAUCCCACGCAGCACUCUGGACUCAUUCAUGCAGCCGUUCCAGAGUACACUGUGGCUGUUAGUCGGUCUGUCGGUCCAUGUGGUGGCAGUGAUGCUCUACCUAUUAGACCGAUUCAGCCCGUUUGGAAGGUUUAAAGUCAAUAGCGAAGAAGAAGAAGAAGACGCCCUCACCCUUUCGUCAGCCAUGUGGUUCUCAUGGGGAGUACUGCUGAACUCCGGUAUAGGAGAAGGAGCUCCUCGGAGUUUCUCGGCGAGGAUUUUAGGUAUGGUGUGGGCAGGAUUUGCCAUGAUAAUCGUAGCAUCGUAUACUGCCAACCUGGCAGCCUUCCUGGUGCUGGAUCGGCCUGAGGAGCGCAUCACUGGCAUCAACGACCCCAGGCUGCGGAAUCCGUCAGAUAAAUUCAUCUACGCCACAGUGAAGCAGAGCUCGGUGGAUAUUUACUUCAGGCGGCAGGUGGAGCUGAGCACCAUGUACAGGCACAUGGAGAAGCACAACUACGAGAGCGCCGCCGAGGCCAUCCAAGCCGUCAGAGACAACAAGCUCCACGCAUUCAUCUGGGACAGCGCCGUGUUAGAGUUCGAGGCCUCGCAGAAGUGUGACCUGGUGACAACGGGAGAGCUUUUCUUCCGCUCGGGAUUCGGCAUUGGAAUGAGAAAAGACAGUCCGUGGAAACAGAAUGUUUCCCUGGCUAUUCUUAGUUCCCACGAGAAUGGCUUCAUGGAGGAUUUGGACAAGACGUGGGUUCGAUACCAGGAGUGUGACUCGCGAAGCAACGCUCCCGCCACACUGACCUUUGAGAACAUGGCAGGUGUCUUCAUGUUGGUGGCUGGUGGCAUCGUCGCCGGGAUCUUCCUCAUCUUCAUCGAGAUCGCCUACAAACGUCACAAAGACGCUCGCAGGAAACAGAUGCAGCUCGCCUUCGCCGCCGUCAACGUGUGGAGGAAGAACCUUCAGGAUAGAAAAAGUGGUAGAGCAGAGCCCGAGCCCAAACUGAAACCCUCUUUUAGGUCCAUCACUUCGACCUCCGACCUCAAACGCCGUAGGGCCUCCGGGGACGCCACGCCGUACCCGACCGACAUCACCGGCCAGCUCAACCUAUCGGAUCCGUCCGUCAGCACCGUGGUCUGAAGGAAAUGACGGCGACGGAGAGAAAACUUCACUGCUACUGCUGAGCCUAUCACACCAGUACACACACACCGAACCACACAUACAUCAUAUGGACACACCUGUGGAAACAGGAAGGGGGCGUGUUUUCGGGUAUCCGACACACACACACAUACACUCCAUCCGUCAUCCCGAACCUAAAUCUCUAACCAAGUAUAAACACAUGCUCACCUAGCCGCGCUUGUAGCCUUCCGCCUUAUUUACCAAGAAUGUUUUGUUUUGUUUUUUGUUUUGUUUUUUUAAACGAAAGAACUGAUACGGAACACUUUUAUUUUGGAACCUGCCUGUGAUAUGGUACAGAUGGCGCUGUCACAAUGAUAAAUGGCACCGAUGUUUGAAACCAGCGCUGCCAGCCGUCUCCCCUGAACAUAACUCGACGUAGGAAUUAAUUAGGAACAGGUCCGUUCGGAGACUUUUUCUUUUACUGAUCUAGAAAAUGUAGGUCAGGAAGUUUCUCGUUGGGUUCCUAUCAACGUGGAACCUGCUGAUUGGAGUACAUUCUCUCAGAGACCUGAUCUUUCGGAAUUUCCAUUUAUCGAACCUUUGACGCAGUUGCAGACCUGACGAUCGGUAACGUUCCUGUUUUUGAAGAAACCCGUCAACGAGAAACCUUUGGUGGGAGACACAGUGAUCGGGAACAUAA